AUGAAUUACUCGUGGAAACAGAAACUCGUGGAAACAGAGUCUGACAAUUACUCUUGGGUGGUUGAAAACAGUGAUUGUAGAGGUUUCUCUUCGUCAAGAACUUGGGAUGCCUUGAGGCCUAGGGAAGAUGAGAAAAGCUGGGCAAGUUCUGUUUGGUUCAAAGGCGCAGUACCAAAACAUGCCUUCAACAUGUGGGUGAGCAACUCAAACAGGUUACCAACAAGACAAAGACUAGUUGCUUGGGGAGUCAUUAAUUCAGCCGAUUGUUGUAUAUGCUCUGCCAUGCCUGAAACUCGUGAUCACGUCCUGCUUACCUGCGACUUUGCUUCAGCAAUUUGGUCUAAAGUACUCAACCGACUAUCUCCAUCUCAUCGGCAGAUCUGCACCUGGUCUGAACUUUUAUCUUGGAUGAGGCAAUCUACAGAACAAGCUCCAUCGCUGCUCCGCAAGGUUGCUGCUCAAGCUUCAGUGUAUCAUAUUUGGCGUCAGAGAAAUAAUGUGCUGCACAACAACCUACGAAUCCCUCCAUCAGCAAUCUUCAAGAUCAUUGAUAGAGAAAUUCGAAACACUAUCACAGGUAGGCGACUUAGAAGGCGUUGGCAACCGCUAACGCUCCUCUGGAUACGUUAG